CAAAUCCCAGGCUUCGAUGGACUCCAUUUGACACAAUUCCUGCGGUCCAGCAAGUCGCUGCUCCUUCCUCAUGCCCGACAAUGGUCAAUUCACCGCUUGGCACAGCUAAUGGCUAUUCUCACGCCGAAUCCAGCCCCAGCAAUACCCCUACUACCGUCUACAACGCCAGCUCCGUCGCCGAGAUCAAGGCCACGCUGUCUCACCUACACGAGCAAGAAGCCUCGGUGACCGCUCGCCUAGAUGCGUUUGUUGCUUCUCAGAAAGACUUCUCGCGAGAACUCGGACGUUUGGAUUUGCUUCGCGCAAAUCUAGGCUCUCAAACUAGUACCACGCGAGCCAUCAGCCAUGGCAUGCUCGCCGAUGCGGCUACCACUGCCGACCGCAUUUCCAGCGCGGUCCGCCGGCUGGAUCGCGAACAAUCCCGAGUCAAAGCCACUCUAGCUGUGGUAGAUCAGGUCGCGGAACUCAAGGCAUGUGUACUGGGGGUGGCUGGCUCGAUGGGGGCUCCGCAGGACUGGGAGACCGCGGCGAGUUACCUGCACCGCGCGGCCAAGAUCCCUUCCGAGGUGGUGCAUGGGGCUUUUGCGGCGGAGAUGGUGCCCACCGCGGAGGUGCCUGACCCGCCCCAUGUCACCCUCGACAACGCCGCCGAGUCCCUCUGCGGUCUCUUCCUGCGCGAAUUCGACAAGGCGGUUCAGGAGAAUAACGGUGCUCGUAUCACUCGCUUUUUCAAGCUCUUCCCUCUCAUUGGCCGCUCCGAGGUCGGCCUUGACGUCUAUGGCCGCUAUGUCUGUCAGGGUGUGGCCGCUCGCGCUCGAACCAAUCUUAAUGCUGCCGGCGGCCAGGCCAAAGAUGGCUUCUUCUACGCCAGCGUACUCACGAAGUUGUUUGAACAUAUCGCCCAAAUCAUCGACGGCCAUGGUGGCCUCGUCGAGCGUCAUUACGGCCCGCGCAAGAUGAAUCGCGUCAUCGAGCGUCUCCAGCUGGAGGCUGAUGUCCAGGGUGGCAUCAUCCUUGACACCUGGAGCGACGAGCGCCACGUAGAUCGCAAGCUGACUGAUAUCAAGUCUUAUGCCUUCACCUUCCUCGUUCAGAGCUUCUUACCGCCUCCGCGCGGCGGUGGCACCCCUCGAUCCAACUCGCCUGCGACCCGCGAUGGAGCGGCCGAGGACGAGGGCGUCGACAUGAAGGAGAUCGACGGGCUACUCAACGAGAUGGCCGUAAUGCUAGGACGCUGGUCUCUAUACUGCCGCUUCCUAGCAGAUACCUGCAAUCCUCCUGGCGAGAAAGAUUCCACAGACCAGUUCGCCCUGCCCGAGUUUCUCCGCGAGUCCGCUCUUGCGAACAAGAUCAACGACCGUCUCGCUGCCCCUUUCAACGCCAUGACCACCUUCUUCUUCCGCCGAUCGGUUGAGAAAGCUUUCCAGCUCGACGAGCAACCAUCCGGUCUGACCCUCAAUCCGCAUAAACCUCUCAAAGCCGACCCGCCACACAUCACCUCAGCCGUUGAUGACAUCAUGUACAUUGUCAACAAAGUCAUUCAGCAGUCUUUAGCCACCUCGCAGAUGAACGUCGUCACCACUGUCGUCCCGACAGUUUCGCGUGUGCUUGGCUCCGACUUCAUUGGCAUGACCCAACGGAAGAUGCGAGACGAAUGCUAUCCGCGCGCCGCGGUUCAAGGCGCGACACCCCCGGAAUCCCUCACCAUCUCCUUCCUUGUGCUCAUCAACAACCUCGAUGUCGCGGUGGAUUACAGCCGACGCAUUCUUCACAAACACACCGAAAAGAAGGGUACCAGCCAGUCCGAGCCCUCGUCCACCACUACCACCGAUCCCAUACAGGCCCUGUUUCCGAGCCCUACGGAAGCCCAAUUGGUCACUCAAACCCUGCAUUCCCUCGCCAGCUCUUUUGAAUCCAAGGUCACCGAUCUCCUCACCGACGGCAUCCAAGUUGUGUUCAAUAACGUCAUCAAACACCGCCUCAGACCUAUCCUAUCUGACGCCUUCCGCGACAUCGAAUAUCAACCUCGAGACGACACUGAUCCGGUCCGCACGACCUACAAUGCCCCGGUACCCACGAGCAUGAACGAAUACUACGACUCGGACGACCCAAUCAUCGGAUCCACCGGUGCGGCGACCGCCGACGGGGAGGCCGACCCGGGGGCGGCGGAGCUGGUCGGCCCGCGCUUUGCGACCGCAUGGAACGAGCUUCUUCUCCCCAUCAGCCGCAUCCUCACCACCUCGGCCUUCGACCGUCUUCUGACCAUUACAGUGGCCUAUCUGGCCCGUCUCCUGGAGAAACGACUGUGGAGCUACCACGGCCGGGUCAAUGCGCUCGGUGCGACGCGGCUCGAGCGCGAUGUCUCCGGCGUGGUCAGCGCGGCGGUGGACGUGGGUGGCUCGCAAGGCCGGUAUCGACACCGUGACGCGUUUGUGCGGUGCCUGCAGAUGGUGCUGGUGAUGGGGAUGGAUGAGGACGAAUGGGACGACGUGAUGCGGGGCGGAGAGACGGCGGAAGUCGUCGAGAAGUUGAGCAGGGAGGAGAGGAUGCGGGUCCGGGCUAUGGUUCGCCGAGCUUAGACCUCUUCCCCACUGCUGGCUCGUGAGGGCAAGAAAGAGUCAACACCGCUGGAGAUGAGUUAGCAUAGAACGGGAGGCAUAGGGAAUCCCCGGCUGUGUGCGGGGGAGGGAUGUCGUAUAUAGAUAGAUGGAUGGAUGACUAGGGGUAGAUUGUCAC